AUGCCAGUUUUCGAUGGGCUUUUGAAGAGGUGGAAGGUGGAAAACAAGGAUGUUUUCGAGGGUGAAGUUUGGUCGGGGAAAGGGAUCAAGCCCAGACAAAGCCCGUUCAUAGAAUUUAUAGAUCUUUGCAACUUGGGCCACCUUUUGGAUUCCCUUCAAGCCUCUCGUCCUGUUAGCGUCAUGAACAUGUACCAUAAAGACAUGGAAACAUUGAGGAUGCAAAUGAAUGGUGGUGAUGAGAGAGGGGAAAGGGAACCUAAGAACAGUGGCGGUGAAGGAAAGACCUCUAACUGA